CCUCUCUUUUGGUCCUGUCCAUCUGUGAAUCUAACCUCAGCCUUUGGGAACUCAUGCAUCUCCUCUUACUCCAGUUGCUUGUUCUCUUGCCUCUGGGGAAGGCAGGCCUAUGUGUGGAUGGCUGCCAGAGUCAGGGCUCUUUUUCCUUUCCUCUCCUAGAAAGGGGUCACAGAGAUCUCCACGCGGCCAACCACGAGGAGGCAGAAGACAAGCCCGAUCUCUUUGUGGCCGUGCCACAUCUCAUGGGCACCAGCCUGGCUGGGGAAGGCCAGAGGCAGAGAGAAGAGAUGCUGUCCAGGCUUGGAAGAUUCUGGAAGAAACCUGAGACAGAACUUUACCCGACAAGGGAUGUGGAAAGCGAUCAUGUUUCAUCCGGGAUCCAGGCCCUCACUCAGCCAGCCGAUGGGAGGAAACCGGAGAGAUCACCUCUUCAGGAGGAAGCCAAGAAGUUCUGGCAUCGCUUCAUGCUCAGAAAAGGCCCAGCCUCCCAGGGCGUCAUCCUGCCCAUUAAAAGCCACGAAGUGCACUGGGAGACCUGCAGGACAGUGCCCUUCAACCAGACCGUUGCCCAUGAAGACUGUCAAAAAGUUGUUGUCCAGAACAACCUUUGCUUUGGGAAAUGCGGUUCCAUUCAUUUUCCUGGAGAAGGAUCACAUGCACACAGCUUCUGCUCCCACUGCUCACCCACCAAAUUCACCACCGUGCACUUGAGGCUGAACUGCACCAGCCCAACCCCCGUGGUCAAGAUGGUGAUGCAAGUAGAAGAAUGUCAGUGCAUGGUGAAGGCAGAAUGUGGAGAGGAGCGCCUCCUACUGGCUGGUUCCCAGGAUUCCUUCAUCUCUGGAUUUCUAGCUUCAGAAACAAACCCAUGAUUACCUUAGAAAACAAAACCUCAACAGAAAAAGUGAGGGUUGCUAAGUGGGUUAUAUAAAUCUCAAUGGAAAAUCUCUCUCUCUCUCUCUCUCUCUCUCUCUUUCUCUUUCUCUCUCUCUCUCUCUCUCUCUCUCUCACACACACACACACACACACACAUAUACAUGUUUGUGUUUAGAUAGGGUCUUAUGUAUUCCAGGCUAGCCUCAAACUUGCUAUGUGGCUGGGGAUGAUUUUAAACUCCUGAUCCAAUUCCUGCAUGCUGGGAUUACAGACAUUCGCCAUAAUAGAUAGCUCCCAGACAGAUUUUUAAAGAGAUUUUUGCAUGCUUCAAGUGGCCUUUGAGACUCAGGACAUAUUUUGAUUCUAUCGACCGGUCCUUGCCACAGAUGUGGGAAGCAGCUUGCUUGGUGGCCCAUAUUUUUCCUUUCCCUUCAGUGCUCUCUACAUGAAGUUUUUCAGUUGGUUGUCUGAAUUUGAAGAAGGAGCAGUGAAGCUACUCUUAGCAGUUUAAAGGUGGAGGGGCUCAGGUGCUAGGAACCAAGCCUUUUUCCAGAGUAUGAGGACAAUGCAUGAACAGUAUUAGAGUCACUUGUGGAAGUUACUAAGAAACGCCAUAAGUCUCUAAGUACACUGCAAGUCAUUUUGAAGAUGAAAUCUUUAUAGACGAAAUCUUCUACUCAUAUGCCUUUGAAUCUUAUAUAACAAGUUGGGUUUCUGUGUUUGGGCUUCUUCCUGUUGUCUAAGAGUAUGUGUGACAAAUUCAACCUGGCAAAUACUUCAAUGGCAAAUUCUGAACAUG